AUGGCCAGACCUGCUGCCGGCAGCUCGAGCAGAUGCAUUGAGGAAGAUGAUACUGGUCCUAAACGAAGGAUAAUUAGCCCUUCGUUGCCAUCAGCUGAGUUACUUGGUGCUGCUGCUGCAGCCAAACUGACAGAAGCACAGACUGAGCUCAGAGAAGCUGUGUUGGAAGAAGAUAGUGUUUAUAGGACCUCCACCACCUGCCGUGGUUGCUGA